AUAUUUCUUGCAGAUAAACAAAGUGUUUCAAUAUAUAUACAGAGUUUUCUCUAAUUUGCAAUGGCUCUCAAGUUGUUUUUAUUAACCAUUGGCAUUUUGGCUAUUGUCUCUUCAAUAAGCCAUGCAUAUGAUCCUAGUCCUUUACAAGAUUUUUGUGUUGCUGUUAACGACUCUAUGGCUGCUGUUUUCGUGAAUGGAAAAAUAUGCAAGGAUCCAAAGGUUGUCAAUGCUGAUGACUUCUUCAAAUCAGGCCUAAACAUACCUGGAAAUACUUCAAAUCAAGUUGGAUCAGCUGUAACUGCUGUGAACGUCGGGAACUUACCUGGACUUAACACUCUAGGCAUUUCAUUAGUUCGUAUUGAUUAUGCACCAUAUGGUCUCAACCCACCUCAUACUCACCCUAGAGCAGCUGAGAUUCUUGUUGUACUCGAGGGUACUCUCUAUGUCGGUUUUGUCCUUUCAAAUCCCGGACCAAAUAUGAAGAACAAACUCUUUACAAAGAUUCUAAAACCUGGAGAUGUGUUCGUUUUUCCAAUAGGUCUCAUUCAUUUUCAGUUUAACAUUGGAAAGACGACGGCUGUUGCAUUUGCUGGACUCAGCAGUCAAAAUCCAGGAGUUAUCACUAUUGCUAAUGCAGUUUUUGGCUCAGAUCCACCAAUUAAUGACGAUGUCCUCGCCAAAGCAUUCCAAGUUGAUAAGAAAGUGAUCAAUUAUCUUCAAUCACAAUUCUGGUGGGACAACAACUAAAUUUUGGUAAAAGCCAAAUAAUACUAUGAUAUUAUUUAUGCUUGUUUUUGGAAUUUAAGAAAUCAUAAAUAAAAUUCAGGAUCUAGUCCUACGGAAUGGUUUUCCUUGAUCUUUGUAUUUGAUGUACUAAAGGAGGAACUUUUUUACUGUUUGUUUUAGCAAAAGUUUAUAUUUAUCAUUUGUUGUGGUUAUGUUCUCCGAUUCAUACA